GUUAUUUACUUCCUGGUUGAGCAGAGGAAUUGUUUCGAUCAACAUGGAUGAAAUGUCAACGGAUCUGUGUACGGAUGACGCUGUAAAAAUCCCUGAAAGCAUUUUACGCCGUGAUCAGGCGAGAUUGGAAGAAUUAGAGCGCCGCAAACAUGCCAAAGAGAGCCAGGCAGUUACGGAGGAAAAGAUCGGUUAUUUCAGGGCUACCUUUAGCGCCAAAGAGACUGAUGUUCAGGGCUUGAUAUCAAGCUGCACACAAACUGACCAUCAGAAGGUUUUAGAGGAGGCAACCAACAAGAUUCAACACCUCCGAAAAUUCUUGAACGACAGCACGGUAUUUCUCACCCAGUACGAACUGAGACAAGCACAAGAAUCUCUCCAGAAAUUGCAAGGCUCCAUAGAUGAGAAAAGAGCAGAGGUAAUGCCCAAAAAGAAGUUCGCGUUCAGGACCCGUACUGCAGGGGCGAGUCAGCAGCCCUCAGUCACUGCGUCCAGCACUGAAGGAAAACUACACACAGAUCCUGUGGUGGACUCUGAGAUCACUGCUGAACAGUGUUGUUUCUCAAACAUCCACAAUGAAAUAAUAAUCAAACACUCAGAAGAGAUCCAGCAAAGGGAUGUCUUGUUGUCUCACCUGACCAACUGCAAGGUGAGACUUUAUGGCUCCCCGAGUACCGUGCACAUUAAACAUGUGAGCGGUUGCCAAAUCCUCUGUGGGCCUGUGUCCAGUUCAGUUUUCAUUGAUGAGUGUAAAGACUCCACUCUGGUACUGGCUUGUCAGCAGCUGCGAACCCACAACACCACGUUGACUCAAAUAUACCUCCAUGUCACAAGCAGAGCAAUAAUAGAGGACUGUCAUGAGAUCUCUUUUGCUCCUUUUAACUGGACGUAUCAUGGACUGGAUGAUGAUUUUAAAGUGUCUGGAUUGGACCCCAAAAGAAACAAUUGGUCGGAGGUGGAUGAUUUCAACUGGCUUGCUGCUGGAACGCCUUCACCUAACUGGGCUGUAAUUCCAGAGUCUGAGAGAAAAUCUUGCUGGGAUACUGCAGAGCCAACAGCAUGAUCUGGCAUAUAUAUUUUAAAUCUUUGCUUAAAUAAUGAAUCAUAAUAAUAAUAAUAAUAAUGAUAUAGCCAAAUUCUGAUUGCCAUUCUCAUUCUAACAGAUACUUUACUUAAUGAGAUGUCUUAAAAUCCCCUUGUAAAAAUAAACUUGGCUAAGUUAUA